AGAAGCAGAAGAAGCAGAAGAAGCAGAAGAAGCAGAAGAAGCAGAAGAAGCAGAAGAAGCAGAAGAAGCAGAAGAAGAAGAAGAAGAAGACGAGAGGGAGGACAAGGGGGAGCUCUGAAUCGAGGCAUUGGAACAGACUUGUUUGCGACGAGGACGUCUGCGUGAACAACUACGGCGUCAAGUCGGAAUGUGACCCUGACGGCCCAAAGAGUUCCUUUGCCGAACACGCAAUGUGCCCUCUCAAUGUCUGUUACUCCAAGCACGGCUGGUGUGGCGUGACCGAGGAAUUCUGCGGUGAUUUGAAGAUCAAGCCUCCGUCUUGCUGUAUAUCGCAUAGCAUCGAACGCAUUGUGGGCUACUACGAGGGCUGGUCCCAGCGUCAGGCUUGCAACUCGUCCAUGCCCGAGCAGAUACCAACGGGAUUGUACACCCAUAUCAACUUUGCCUUUGCCAUUAUUGACCCGGCCAACUUUGAGUUUCUGCCGGCAUCGCCUGUGGACACCAGGCUCUAUAGACACCUCACCUACUUGAAGAGAAUGGACCCUGAUCUCAAGGUCCUCAUUGCGAUCGGGGGUCGGACCUUUAACGACCCGGGACCUGUCGCCACAACGUUUUCCGACAUUACGGACAGCCAGAAGAAGUUCAUCAAGUCGCUUGUCAGUUUUCUAUUGACGCACGACUUCGACGGCGUCGAUCUUGGAUGGGAAUACCCCCGAUCCGAGGAGCGCAGCGGGAGGGAAGAGGACUUUAAGAACUUGCCUACGUUCAUAGCCAACCUCAAAAGGCUCUUAAGGGGACCGGACGCGACGAGCUUUCUAUCAUCUUGCCUGCCUCAUACUAUACGCGCUAUGGCCUCUCUGUGGUAUCUCCAGCAUUUUGACAUUAUCAAGCUUACGAAGCACGUCAAAUUUUUCAACAUCUCAUUCACGGCGACAAGUUCUGCCUGCCUGGAUACCGGCUGCACAUGCCAGUCGGGUGACCUGAAACAGAAGUGCAGCGACAAAUUGACUGUCAUGCUCAACUCGGAGAUUCUGGACGUCAUCGAGAGAAUAUGGGCCGGGCCAAAGCUUGAAAAGAAGGCAGCUGUCCAGAUGCUGAGCUUCGGUGGCAACAACUGUGUUGCCUACUACAACAAGGAAAACCUCAAGAUGAAGGUUGAAUUCGCCAGGGAUCAGUGCAUGGGUGGUGUCAUGGUAUGGGCGGUCUCUCACGACACUUUGGAUGCUCGCUUCUCAAAAGCCGUGGGCAAGGCAGCAGCCCGCCCGUUCAUAUCAACAUCGGCAUCAAUGACCCUGAGCACGAUGGUUUGCAAACAUGGAUAUCAAUCGGCUUGCUGCACAAAGGGCAGCAGCAACACCAAGCUGUACGAGGGCUGCUCCUGGACAGGCGGUGGCGAAGACUGUGAUUCUGAAACUUGCAGUCCUCCGGAAGACCUCCUGACUACAUCGGGCUCGGGAAGCGGAGGUGCGAUAUGCAACGGGCGAGAUAGCCUCCUGCACCUCAAGGAGCAAAAGUCGCACUGUUGUCCUGAUCAGACCGAUAACCAACGCUGGAAUGACUGUGGUGACUAUAGUUCAUACGGCCCAAGUCCAAGCGACGACGAGAGCUUUUGCCGGUGCGGAUGUCCUAGUGACCAUAUCCGUGUGGCCAUGGACACCAGCAGCAUGCAGACCUUUGAUGACAGACCCCUUUGCAAGAGGGGUGGCAGGUCGCACUGCUGUAUACCUAAGUCGCAGACUAUUAUGAAGCGGGAGACGGACGAGGAACUGGACCUGCGCGAGACGCUGGCCGACUUCCCCAAGAAUUUAGUCUGCUAA